AUGGCUGGCGAAGGACAAGUAGAUGCUUCGAGUUUGCUGCAGAGAGAUUACUACUUCGAAGAUUGCCCAGGAUGUAAGGUGGAUCGGCAAAAAGAAUUACAAAGAGGGCUGCCCAUUAAACAAGUUCUCACUGUAUGGCUUAUUGUUCUUGCAACAUCUCUGCCGAUAUCAUCUCUCUUCCCGUUCCUUUAUUUCAUGGUUAGGGAUUUUGGUAUUGCGAAGCAAGAAGAAGAUAUUGGUUAUUAUGUUGGUUUUAUAGGUUCCACCUUUAUGUUUGGAAGAGCUUUGACAUCUGUCUUUUGGGGAUCGAUUGCUGAUAGAUAUGGCCGCAAGCCUGUAAUAAUGAUUGGCACUAUCACAAUCGUUAUAUUCAAUACUCUCUUUGGGCUUAGUGUAAACUUUUGGAUGGCCAUCAUCACAAGGUUUCUUCUUGGAAGUUUGAAUGGUUUACUUGGACCUGUAAAGGCAUAUGCAUGUGAAGCAGUUCGUGACGAACAUCAGUCUCUAGGACUAUCAGCGGUCAGUACAGCAUUGGGAACAGGAUACAUUAUUGGACCCGCUUUGGGAGGCUUUCUUGCCCAGCCGGCUGAGAAAUUCCCUGGAAUUUUCGCGCAAGAAUCUUUGUUUGGCAGAUUCCCCUACCUCUUGCCCUGUCUAGUGAUUUCACUCUUCGCGGCCAUUGUGACAGUUGUUUGCUACUGGAUCCCGGAAACCUUGCACACACACAACUCAACAAAUGUAUCAUCUCAAGGUUGUUAUGCUGCCUUGGAGUCCGGGAAUGAAGUGAAGAUGGGGGGACACAAAAAUGCUCCUAAUCAAAGCCUACUUAAGAACUGGCCCCUCAUGUCGUCCAUCCUCGUAUAUUGCAUUUUCUCACUUCAUAAUAUGGCUUACACUGAGAUAUUUUCAUUAUGGGCUGAGAGCCCGAGAAGACUUGGAGGCUUAGGCUAUACAACUGACGCUGUUGGCACAGUUCUUGCCAUCUCAGGAGUUGGCCUAUUGGUCUUUCAAUCUUCGUUAUACCCAGUGAUGGAGAAAAUCCUUGGUCCUAUCCGACUUUCUCGAGUUUUAGGAAUCCUCACAAUUCCUCUCUUAACAAGUUACCACUAUAUAGCCAUGUUAUCCGGUUUAACGCUCUCCAUUGUGUUGAACUGUGCAUCUCUACUGAAGAAUGUUUUUUCUAUCUCCAUUGUGACGGGGCUGUUCAUCUUACAAAAUAGAGCUGUGGAUCAACAUGAAAGAGGGGUCGCCAACGGCCUAGCCAUGGCCAUGAUGUCGCUUUUCAAAGCAGUUGGUCCAUUGGGGGGUGGAACACUAUUCUCUUGGGCACAAAAGCGCUUAAAUGCGGAUUUCCUUCCAGGCGAUCAAAUGGUUUUCUUUGUCCUAAAUGUGGUUGAGGCAAUUGGAGUUAUUCUCACUUUCAAACCAUUUUUGGUCGAAAGGCAUAAUAAUCGAGUAAUAGACACUCCCAAUGUUAUUGUUUAA